ACACCCACAGAUAACGUGUAUUUUUGAUUUUAAAAAGUCUAUUAAGAGAGCCUAUAUUAGUAGUUUUCCUGGUAAUGACUUUACGUUUCAUGGAUAUCUACUCUCUCCAGCACAUACUCUGUGAGAAACGAGUCUCCACGCAACCAUCCUACAUAAUCUUAAGUAAAAGCAGUAGAAAAUAUUCAACUCACCUGAGAAAAAACAAACAGCUGCUGCGAGCGGAGCAUUAGUUCUUGUGGGGUGACAUCUCCCUCACUAAUUGGCUCGCACCACUUCUGCGGAGCUGCCUUGUCAACUAGUACAAAUCUACCCUCCCAGUCUGUCAUAGCACAAGCAAAGUAUUGGCCAUCGAGGAACAACAAAAUCAGCCACACGAUAGCAGGCACGAAACUGGAAAGGGAAACAGUUUUCCUGCACCACGUAUCACAUCUGCAUCCUUGAAUGAUCAGCAUCAAGGUAAAGGCCAUGACGGCAGGAAUGAUGAAGAAUGCUGAUGAAAACACUCCGUUCCAUGUAGGGUUGCAAGGACACUCAAACUCCAGCUCCACCAGCUUCUCUAGUCCCAUGAGGAUAAAUCCAAAAGCCACAUUUGAUACCAGAGGACUGUUGCUAAGUUCAUUUUUCAGCCUGGUAAGCCAUUGUUGUCUACUUUCCAUACUAGAUUGACCGAAAAAUGAAGACAGUCGUUGUAAAAAGCCCAAAAGAGGGUCCACCGUUGUGAACACAUUGGCAACAGCUAAGUGAUGCGUAAUUAACGCAUCCAGGGGUAAGUUUUCCCCUCGGGCAAAAUGCCACACUUCCACUCUGAUUGGUUUCGAACAAAGGAGGGUGUGCCGUCUGCUCUGACACCGCUCGAGCUGAUUGGUCCGUGUGAAGUUUCAGGUGGGGUUACAUUUUAAAUGUGCUCUCCCAUGGACAAACUGGAGGGAGGGCUGUAAAGUGGAGGGAAGUUUGUUCUGCAGCUGAGCACAGACUGGCCAUUAGCAGAAGUCCGGCAAAAAAAAAAAAAAAAAAGUGCACAGAGGGUGCAGGGAUACAUCAACAGGCGAGCUUCUUACAUUGUAGAGUCAAGUUACAAGCCCCGAAUAUUCACUCAAACUAAACAACAGAGAGGAAUGUUUAAAAUGUACUCUCACGAUGAACUAAAGCAACACGUCUGUAUUCACCUCAUGAUGCCACGAGGCAAAUUCUGAAUGUCUUGAAAUACUCAGGUGGUUUUUUGGGGGGGGUUCAUUUGUUUGUAGUUGUCUGCAAUAAAAAGAAAAAAAGAAUAAGAUGCAAGCUGACUCUCUUCAGUUUACCUCCACCGGCCACAUGAGGUCGCCCAUGUAGCAGCGCAGAUUGAGGACAGAGGGGAUUACAGGAGGCCAUGUUGAACUUUCAAGGGGACGUGGUGCAUACAGCUUGAGAACACCCAGGCCACUGAUGUGAUGACAUAAUUUAUAAAUGACCUCAGCCAGCUCAAGAGCAUCACUAUAAUCUCCUCACAUUAAAGCCUGACAGGAGAAAGUAUUUAGGGCUCUGUGAAAUAAGCUUGGAGAGAGAUGUGAGUGCUGGAAUAAAAAAAACAAAACAAACAAAAAACAAAAAAAAUGGUUGAUUUCAGUUCAUCUUGCACAACUACAGCAAAGGUUGGAAUUAAUUGGAACUACCUGAAUCAAUAGGUUGGUUUUGUUUAGGUGAUGAGCUGACAAUUAUAAUAUUUAUAAUAUUUUAGUAUGUUUUAUUACAAGGAGCUGUAGAGAGAGGAGUGAGGGGGGGUCGUCUAGUCCAGACUGUUAGAGCAAAUACUGUAUCGUGCAAAUGGCAGAUGAUAAAAAUGAGGCACCUGUCACCUCAUUACACACAAAUAAUGUAAAUGGGAGCGUGAGGAAAUGAAGACUGAGGAACCGCGUGCACUCACAAAAACACCAAUUUACGCGCGCGCGUGCGUGUGUUUAUCCACGGUCGUGAGCGCAGAGGGCACGCGCAGCUUGUCGUCGCUGCCGUCGGUGUCCUACCAGCAUCUGUUCGGUUGUUUUGUUUUUUUUUUCUUUUUUUGGGGAGAGAGAAGUGUGGGGACGGGGGAGGGGGGUGUUGAACAGAUUUAUGUUUCGGCUACAUCACUUCCCGUCGGGAAAUCAUUUGUGCGCUCUUACUUUCAUUUUAAUCAGCGGACCGUGACCGAUGCGAGCGCAAAUGCGCAUCGCUCUGCGCAUCUUUGAAUCUUCAGAACCACUCUGUGGACGAUCUCCCUGACAUCCGAAGACCUCUCCUCCGCAAUCCGACGAGGCUUCCUCUCUCUCUCCCUCUCCCUCUCUCUCUCUCUCACACACACACACACCGCCUAUGGCCGCACAUCGGCAUCCCUGAGCCCGCUGGCCUCGUCACGGACCUUUCACCCAUCGCUGUCCUCGAAAAAGAACUGGAUGCGAUGCUGGGCCCGUCUCUCUAGAUCUUGUGAUUAAUACACGAUUUCUCCUCCUCCCACAUUCGUCCGACCGAGACCCUGGUACUCUCGUCCGAGCCCCCGACGAUGCAUCCUAACGCAGUGAUGCUGGCGGUGGUCCUUCUGGGGAACUUGAUGCUGCCUUUCAUCUCGGCUCAAAACGCUGGGUUUGUGAAGUCGCCAAUGUCUGAGACUAAGCUUACGGGGGACACCUUUGAGCUGUACUGCGACGUGGUUGGUAACCCCACUCCGGAGAUCCAGUGGUGGUAUGCUGAGAUCAACCGAGCUGACUCCUUCAAGCAGCUGUGGGACGGAGCCCGCAAGCGGCGGGUAUCCAUCAACACGGCCUACGGCGCCAAUGGGGUCAGUGUGCUCGGUAUCACGCGCCUCACACUGGAGGACUCUGGGACCUAUGAGUGCCGGGCCAGCAAUGACCCCCGGCGCAAUGACCUUCGACAAAACCCUGCCAUCACGUGGAUCCGCGCCCAGGCCACCAUUUCGGUGCUACAGAAACCAAAGAUCAAUGCCUCUGAUCAGAUCAUCCUGUCAGCGGACAGCACUAGCAAACCAGUUACCCUGCUUUGUAACCUCACCACUGCUCAAACCCCCCACACUGAAAGCUUCUGGAUGAAGAACGGACAGGAGAUCGCCAAUACACGGACAGAGCAGAGGAACACAGCAUACAGAAUCAAUAAACCGCGGGCAGAUGAUUCUGGGGAAUACAUGUGUGUUUACACAUUUGUCAUGGCACCAAAUGCAAAUGCCACAAUUGAAGUGAAAGCAAAACCUGAUAUCACUGGCCACAAGCGAAGUGAAAAUAAAAACGAAGGAGAAAAUGCGAUGCUUUACUGCAAGUCUGUUGGUUACCCGCAUCCAACCUGGACAUGGCGUAAAGUCGACGGAACAUCCUACACGGACAUUGACAACUCCACUGGACGCUUCUUCAUCACUAACAGAGACAACUACACAGAGCUCAACAUACUAAACCUGGAUAUAACCACAGAUCCUGGUAGAUACGAGUGCAAUGCCACAAAUGUGAUUGGAAACAAUGCUGAGACCACUAUACUACGGGUGCGUAGCCACCUUGCGCCGCUUUGGCCUUUCCUGGGUGUGCUCGCAGAAAUUAUAAUCCUAGUAGUCAUCAUCGUUGUGUAUGAGAAACGCAAGACGCCAGACGACAUUAUUGAUGAUGAUGAACCAGUUGGACAAAUGAAAACAAAUUCAACAAACAACCACAAGGACAAAAACAUUCGCCAGAGGAAUACAAAAUAAGAAAUUUACUCAAAUGAGAUGGCUAAACUGCAUUUUUGUGACUACAUGACGGUGUCAGAGGUGGAUAGAGCUCCGGGCAGUUUUGAAAAAAGCAUAUCUUGUCUCAUUUUAUGAGAAACAAUAUCAGCAUAACACUGGCAACAAAAAGAACAUAAUGGCUGUCUUAAGCAUGCCUUAUUCAGUCUUACAUGGAGAUUUCAGGAUGAUGAAUAAUGACUAAAACCACCAUAAAGGUGUACACAUUUUUAAUGUGCUGUUGGUGUCUCCUUUAUUGAUUUUACCAUAUCCUCAAAUGAGGUGAUCCCUUUUGUAUUACAUAUCAUGUACAAUGCAUGCAAGAUAAUUACGCAAUAGGAUACUCAGAAUAUACAUUUUCUGUUGUUAUCCCUCGUGUGGCUUUUUUUGCAUCGAAAAUGACCUAUGUUUUUUAUGGAGUCAUCCUUAUCAUAUAUAUAUAUCAUAUGUAUAUAUAUCAUAUAUAUGAUCUAUAUAUACAUAUAUAUAUAGUUAGUUUUAUUCUUGAAAAUUUGUACAGCAUAUCAUGGUCAUUUAACUAUGUUUGAUUUUGUGACAAGAUGUCCACUUUUAAGAGAUCUUUUAUUGUGAAGCAAGGGCUUCAAUGACUGGCAGUAUUCAAAUUUAAAUGAGAGUGAUUACAGAAAAUGACUACUGUGUGUUUAACUAUCUAAACAAAAAUGAUACGUGUAUUAUUUUUAUUUUCUUUCCAGAGUAACUUAGGUGUCUUGUAUAUGUUGAAGUAUGAGUGUUCAAAUGAUAGGAAAUCUGUAAAAAAUAUUUUUUUUAUAUUUCCCAAUUUCAGUUUUUGAUUUUGAUUUUUUAUUUUCCUCUCUUUAACUGUAUAGCAUGGCUAUAAUCCUAUGCAAUAUGUAUUCUUAAAUAGAUAUAUGGAGGGCAGUUUGUUUUACUCAGUGAAGCUUUAACAUUGUGGGAUCACUUGGAAGCUGGCAUAGCAAAAUUCACUGCUGUAGCUGCAUGACUCCUGUUUCAAUACAAUGUAUCCAUGUGUGUUGAGGUGGAAAUGGACCUGCAUUAAGGUGGGAAAUAGAGGGACCAGAGUAUAUAGCCACGAUCUAACAUAUGAGUGAGACCAAUAUUUUUUUUCUGAAUAAAAAAUUUGAAAAUGAA